GCACGGUAGAGGGAGUUGAGUACAGUUAAUCCGACGUCGAAGGCUGAGAACAGGCGAAGAUCGCAGCAGUGGGUGGAUUGUGUUGUUUGAGCACUCCUCAGGUGACUACGGAGGCGGAGCCUAAAAGACUCAAUAUGUGGGGCGUCUUCCUCAACCUCUUUUACUGCCUUUGUAGGCUAUGCUCCUCCAAUUCUCUCGACAUGGAAAGAAAUGAAUCCACUCAUUUAGAAGAUCCGAAUCCUGGGGCUUUUUCCUCAUCGUCCUCUCCACUUAUAGGUGAUUAUGAAGGCGGAACCAAAAAGAUGGAAGGAAAGGAUUAUGAACCCACUCAUUCAGAAGAUCCGAAUCCCGGGGCUUUUUCCUCAUCGUCCUCUCCACUUGUAGAUGAUUAUGAAGGCGGAACCAAAAAGAUGGAAGCAAAGGAUUAUGAAGUGUUCUUGAGCUUUAGAGGAAAAGAUACUCGCAAAGGCUUUACCGAUCAUCUUUAUAAUGGUCUUGUUGCUGCAGGAAUUCACGUAUUUAGAGACAAUAAUGAGCUCCGUUUUGGUGAGGAGAUUGGUCCGGAACUUCUCAACAGUAUUACGCAGUCUAAGAUCUCAAUCGCAAUUAUCUCGGAGAACUAUGCUUCCAGCAAAUGGUGCCUUCGCGAGCUAACUCACAUGUUGAAGUGCAAGAGAAGCGAAGGGCAAAUAGUGUUGCCCAUAUUUUACAAAGUUGAACCGUCACAGGUGCGGCUUCCUACAGGGAGAUUCAGAGAUGCUAUCAAUGCGAAAAGAAAGAAUUUGGCCAACAUGGAUGUGAAAGAAUGGGAAGAAGCACUAGAAGAAGUCCACCAUUUGAAAGGAUGGGAAUCGGAGAAAUUUGACAAUGGGCAUGAAGCCGCAUUGGUUAAAGCGGUUGUUAAAAGAGUUAUGAUGGAUUUAAGAACUUUUCAACCCAUUCUUCACGAACAGUUCGUUGGAAUUGAUGAGCGGGUGGAAGACAUCAUGAGCUUGAUAGAUCCCGAAUUUAAAGAUACAAGGAUUAUUGGAAUUUAUGGAAUGGGCGGUAUCGGUAAGACAACUCUUGCAAGGGUCCUGUACAACAAUCUCUCUAUUCAAUUUGAACAUCAUAGCUUCAUGGCAAAUGUACGAGAAACAUCUAUGCACAAGGGUAUUGAAUGCCUACAAAAGCAGCUCAUUUAUAAUAUAUUGAGAAGUCCAUAUGAUGUGCCUAGUGUGUACGAGGGAAAGAGUGUCAUCCGAUCUCGAUUUAUAUGUAAGAAAGUACUCAUUAUUCUUGAUGAUAUAAAUGAUAAUACUCAAUUGAAUGCUCUGGCCGGAGACAGAAGUUGGUUUAAAGCUGGAAGUAUAGUCAUCAUAACAACUAGAAACAAGAGGAUUCUUGACGAGGCUAGGGCAGACCACAUGUACCAACUCAACGAGUUGCCUUUGGAUAAAUCAUUGAUUUUAUUUAAUAGACAUGCCUUUAGAAAGAAUUCUCCUCAGAGAGAUUAUCAAGUUAUCUCUCGUGAGGUUGUAUAUACUACUGGAGGGCUUCCCUUAGCUCUUGAAAUUAUAGGUUCAUACUUAUAUGGAAGGUCAGAAAAAAUAUGGAAAGAUACAUUAGAGAAAUUAAAGAAAGUACCCGACGCGAAAGUGCAAGGGACAUUGCAGAUAAGUUACGAUGCAUUGGAAUAUGAAGAGAAACAGAUUUUUCUGGAUAUAGCAUGCUUUUUUAUUGAAUCAUCUAAAAAAAAUCCGACUUAUAUGUGGGAUGACUGCGGUUUUUUUCCAGAGAAGGGGAUUGAAGUAUUGAGUCUCAUGUCCCUAAUUAAAAUUGACAAAGAUGGCAAUCUAAUGAUGCAUGAUCAAUUGAGAGACUUUGGAAGGGAAAUUGUUCGUAAAGAAAAUAUAAAGGAACCUCAAAAUCGUAGCAGAUUAUGGAAUAGUGAGGAAGCUGCGGAUGUGAUCGACAAUAACAAGGUGGCAACCAAACUUAAAGUUCUCAACCUUAUGGGUUGUGCUCGAGAACAACUCCAGACUUGCGCUUUUAGGAGCUUGGAAAUUUUGAUUCUUGAAGAUUGUGAGGAUCUGGAAAAGAUCCACCCUUCUAUUAAUGACAUCAACACCCUCAUCUCCUUGAAUGUCAAUGGUUGUUCAAAACUAAAGGAACUACCGCUUGGUGUCAGUAGAAUGGAAGAAUUGAGGGAGCUUCUCUUAAAUGAGACUAUGAUACGAGAGAUUCCUAUUGCGGUAGGCAAUUUGACAAAACUGGAGACUCUAAAAGUUGCAUGUUGUGAACAACUUGCACAACUUCCAAAAUACUUAGGCUCCCUUGUGUCAUUAACUCAGUUGCACCUAACAUUUACAGAAAUUGAAGAAUUACCGGAAUCAAUUGGUUCUUUGAAGAAGCUCAAGACUCUUGUUGCCUCUCAUUGCCACUCAUUAGCCUACAUACCAAGCUCUAUAGGUCACAUGGCAUCUUUAUCUCUCCUGGACUUAACGAGGUGUGUUAAACUUGCUCAACUUCCGGACACCAUAGGCUCCCUCACAUCGCUGCAGAGCUUGUUAUUAUCGGAAUGCCACUCGUUGAGAGAAAUGCCAGACUCCAUCGGAAAGUUGGAAUCAUUGACCGAGUUGCAUUUAAAAUCUACAGCAUUUGAAGAAUUGCCCGAAUUUAUCGGUUCUUUAAAGAAGCUCGAGACUCUUGAUGCCUCUUAUUGUGCAUCAUUAGCCCGCAUACCAAGCUCCAUAGGCCAUUUGGCAUCUCUGUCUCUCCUUGACCUAAGGGGGUGCAAUAAACUUGCUCAACUUCCCGACACCAUAGGCUCCCUCACAUCGCUAGGGACGUUGUCACUAUCGAAAUGCCACUCUUUGAGAGAAACGUCAGACUCCAUCGGAAAGUUGGAAUCAUUGAUCAACCUGGGUUUACAAUCCACAGCAUUUGAAAAAUUACCUAACUUCAUAGGUUCUUCAAAGAAGCUCAAGACUCUUGAUGCCUCUUAUUGUGCAUCAUUAGUCUGCAUACCAAACACCAUAGGCCAUCUAGCAUCUCUAACUCACCUUGACCUAACGUGGUGCACGAAACUUGCUCAACUUCCCGACACCAUAGGCUCCCUCACAUCAUUGCAGAGAUUGUCAUUAUUGGAAUGCCACUCGUUGAGAGAAAUGCCAAACUCCAUCGAAAAGUUGGGAUCAUUGACCGACCUGUGUUUAAAAUCUACAGGAUUUGACGAAUUGCCCAAAUUUAUUGGUUCUUUGAAGAAUCUCAAGAAUCUUGAUGCCUGUUAUUGUGCAUCAUUAGCCCGCAUACCAAGCUCCAUAGGCCACCUAGCAUCUCUAUCUCGCCUUGACUUAAGGGGUUGCGAUAAACUUGCUCAACUUCCGGACACAAUAGGCUCCCUCACUUCACUGCAGAGAUUGUUAUUAUCGGAAUGCCACUCGUUGAGAGAAAUCCCAGACUCCAUUGGAAAUUCUUUAAAUAAGCUCAAGACUCUUGAUGCCUCUUAUUGUGCAUCAUUAGCCCGCAUACCAAGCUCCAUAGGACAUCUAGCAUCUCUGUCUCUCCUUGACCUAAGAGGCUGCGAUAAACUUGCUCAACUUCCUGACACAAUAGGCUCCCUCACAUCGCUGCAGAAGCUUGACCUAAGGGGGUGUGAUAAACUUGCUCAACUUCCGGACACAAUAGGCUCCCUCACAUCGCUAAAGAGAUUGUUAUUAUCGGAAUGCCGAUCGUUAAAAGAAAUGCCAGACUCCAUCGGAAAGUUGGAAUCAUUGAUCGAGCUGCAUUUAAAAUCUACAGCGUUUGAAGAAUUGCCCGAAUUUAUCGCCCGCAUACCAAGCUCCAUAUGCCAUCUCGCAUCUCUGUCUUGCCUUUACCUAAGGGGGUGCAGUAAACUUGCUAAACUUCCCGACAACAUAGGCUCCCUCACAUCACUGGAGCACUUGUUCUUACAGGAUUGCCACACGUUGAGAGAAAUGCCAGACUCCAUCGGAAAGUUGGAAUCAUUGAUCGGGCUAGGCUUAAAAUCUACAGCAUUUGAAGAAUUGCCUGAAUUUAUUGGUUCUUUAAAGAAGCUCAAGUUUCUUGAAGCCUCUUAUUGUGCAUCAUUAGCCCGCAUACCAAGCUCCAUAAGCCAUCUAUCAUCUCGGAUCGCCUUAACGUAA